UAGGUACCUACCCCAGGUUCAUAUGUGCCCGGGUGAAGUCUCAAUCGAACCUCAUCUCCUAAAAGCACAUCUUAGCGCUGCUAUGUACCUAAUCAUAUUGCAAGAUAUAAUCAUGCGAUCCUAGAAGACGUUUCUGGUUCCUUUUUUCUCUUAGGUACCUACCUACCUAUGUAAGGAUUCGUAUAAUACAAAUACAACCAGGCUCGCCAAUCCACCCUCUCUCCAAGGUAACUUUGGAUAUUCUUCACCGGUGUGCUCGAAAGAAAUUUGUGGGAUAUGAAUCAUGGCAUCCGGGAAGGAGUCCUGUGAAAUACAGUCGCUUCCGAAGAAGGCCAAGCAGCAUUAUGUUAUCGCAACGGCCAUUGCAGUUCUCCUAUGGGCAGCCUUCGUGGUCGACAUUCUCUACUUGAGGCCCGGGCCUUUGCUAGCAGCGCAAAAAGCCUUCGGCAUACUGCUGGCACUAGCUAUUGUCUACACACAGACCUCGUUGCGUGAAGAGCAUCAGUAUUAUGUAGAGAUGACACGAUCCGGGUGCGAACCUCUCCCGUUGGUCCCAAACGAUCCUCUCGGAAUACGGUUCCUCCUGAAUUCGGCACAGCAGAUCAAGUCGAACACGUUGCUCGUGGGAUGGACCCAGCUUUUCGGCACACUAGGACACACAUAUGGACACCGGAUGUUCCCAAAUCCCGGCAUAAUUAUCGCGACAGAUGAACCCGAGAACGUUCGUACGGUACUCUCCGUCCGGUUUGACGACUGGGGCCUCCCGCAGAUGCGAAUCCGUGCUUUCCUCCCCAUCCUUGGCCAAUAUUCCAUUUUCACCACGAACGGUGACGCCUGGAGGCACGCGAGGGCAACCUUACGGCCGGCCUUCGUGCGUGACCAGGUUGCCGACUUGCGGUGUCUGGAUCGGCAUAUCGCUAAGCUGAUCAUCCAUAUCCCGCGCGACGGCCGACCUUUCGACUUGCAGGCGAUGUUUUCCAUGCUAACGACCGACACGAUUUCGGACUUCAUGUUUGGCAACUCGACAGACUUGUUAGGCAGGGCGCCUGAAGAUGGCCUCCGAUUUGGCCGUUGUUUCGAUGUGUCUAUGCAAAAGAUCGCCAACCGGGCAAGGCUAGGUUGGUUAAUGCUUCUCCGCUCGGACCGUGAAUUGGAUGAAUGCACCUCGUUUAUGAAUGCAUAUGUGGAGAAUUAUAUCGCCGAGGUGAGAAGGGAGCGGGACGAGGAAAAGGGGAUGGGCGAGGAUAGACAAGGUGGGAAGCGAUACGUGUUUCUCAACGAGCUGCUCCAGACGGGAGAAUCAGACGAAGUGAUUCGUGAUCAUCUGGUGAGCAUAUUUACGGCCGGUCGAGAUACUACUACGAGUGUGCUGUCUUAUCUAUUCUUCGAGCUUUCGCGGCGACCGGACGUAGUAGCGAUUAUCCGACGCGAGGUAGAUGACCUACAUCUGAGCGGUAUGGAUCAACUCCCGGCAUGGGAAAGCCUACGCAACAUGAAGUACUUGAACUGGGCUGUCCGAGAGGCUCUCAGGUUAAACCCUCCCGUGGCCACCAAUUCACGCGAGGCUGUCCGUGAUACGAUUGUUCCGAGAGGAGGAGGAUCCGAUGGCAAGUCUCCGGUCUUCGUCAAGAAGGGAACCAUAAUUCGCUAUUUCCCUUGGGCAUUGCAUAGACGGCGGGAUAUAUAUGGCGAUGAUGCUGAUGAAUUCCGCCCGGAGCGCUGGGAGACACUGAGAACUACUUACGAGUAUAUCCCGUUCAACGCUGGUCCGCGCAUCUGUGUCGGACAGCAAUUUGCCCUGACGCAGGUGGCUUUUGUCACCUUCCGGAUACUGCAGGCUUUCAGCGCGAUCAACCGAAGAGAUGAUAGGCCGCCUAUCCAAAAAUUCGGGAUCAACACAUCUUUGCUUCACGGGUGCUGGGUUAGUAUGACACCUGCGUGAGUUUUCUAGGCAUCUGAUAGGGACUUUACAAGUUGACAAGACCACUCGAGU